CAUGUAAACACCCCCACCAUGUCCUCCCAAGUGCUCCCCUACCGCCGUGAGUCCACCGAGGAGCUGAACAUCGAGGAGACCAGCCGCUCCAGCAGCCCCAAGAACAUGAAGUUCUACGAGGACAAGACCACUCUGAAGAAGAAGAGCUUCUGUAUCGACGCGCUGCUGUCACCUGAGUCCAGUUUGCAGGAUAAGAUGACGCAUCAGAAAUAUUUGGCGUUUAUUCAGAAUAAGAAUUAUAUUACUAGGUACCAAGACAACUAUGACGCCCAAAUAGAACAGAACACGAUAAACAAGUUCCCUGAGAGCGGCUCCGGGCAGAGCAGUCCCCGCAGCGUCAGCCCAGGGUCUGAUGAUGGAAACCGGUCGGGGUCCUACAGCCCACCCAUCUCCCCGGGAGUUGAGGGUGGCAAUGAGGAGUACGAGAGUUAUAGGCCUGGAAUAGUCCCGAAGCCAGGGUUGCUCCCGCAGCCGCCAGUGAUGGCGCAGUCCCCCCUCUUCAACUAUCAGAUGCCGGGCCCCCUGCCUUCGGCCUUCCACCACCCUGGAGACAGGGUCCUGCAUCACAUGCAGCUGGAGUGGCUGGCCAGGACUGGGAUGUUCUACCAUCGGAUACCAGAACUUGGAGGCGCGCCCCACGCACUGCUCGGUAAGACUCGACGCCCGCGCACCGCCUUCACCUCUCAACAACUGCUGGAACUGGAGAAACAGUUCCGCAUGAACAAGUACCUGUCGCGGCCCAAGCGAUUCGAGGUCGCCACCAGCCUCAUGCUGACUGAGACACAGAAACAGUUCCGCAUGAACAAGUACCUGUCGCGGCCCAAGCGAUUCGAGGUCGCCACCAGCCUCAUGCUGACUGAGACACAGGUAAAAAUCUGGUUCCAAAACCGGCGUAUGAAGUGGAAACGCUCCAAAAAGGCGCAACACGACACGAAAAAAGACCACACGAGCGACGACAAAAAAGCACCCAAUAAAGAACCUACCACAGAGCAGGAAAAACCUCAGCUGGCAGACAUGACAGUUGUCAAACCUCCCGGCAUGUUGGACAGGGACAGAAUUAUCGCGCUAGAAAGAGAGAGGGCAAUAGCGGCGGCGAACUUUAAUUCAAAUUUAGACAACAGACGGGGAUUGGUGGUAAUGAACCAAGAUGGCGGGCGGUCCGCUGAUAUGUUUAGGCCGUAUGUGGUAUGA